UUCCCUCUCUGCCUUGUGCCCUCUUCCUUUCCAUCCAAAUUCUUCUCAGAACAUCACUUAAUUCUUUCUUUCUUUCUUUCUUUCUUUCUUUCUUUCUUUCUUUCUUUCCAGUAUUAAUUAAUAAUAUUAUUAUUGAUGUAUAUAAAUAUCCCCGGUAUCUAAGCAAAGAAGAAGAAUAAAAAGCCCUUUGCCCUCUUCAACUUUAAUUUCCUGUGUGUGAGAGAGAAAUACCUUAGCUUGCUUCAUCUUCUUCUUAUUCUCUUCUUGUUCUUUCCAUAGAGAAGAGUAGAUCAGAGACACAUCAUCAUCAACAUCAUCAUCAUCAUCAUCAUCAUCAUCAUGAUGUCGAGCUGCAGCAUGGAUGCUGGACCUGAGCAACUGUGCUACAUACCCUGCAACUUUUGCAACAUUGUUCUUGCGGUGAGCGUUCCAUGCACCAGCUUGUUCGACAUGGUAACGGUUCGAUGCGGUCACUGCACCAAUCUCUGGUCCGUAAACAUGGCUGCGGCCUUUCAAUCACUCUCAUGGCAAGAUCUUCAGGGCCCUGGGCAGUGCAAUCAGGAGUAUAGGAUUGACACAAAUAUUAAUAUGAAUAAUGGUGGCUCCUCUUCCAAAUGCAACAAUAGUAGUAGGCUUGCAUCAAUGCGUGCACCUACCAAUCAUGUUACUCAGGAAAGGGCUGUCAACCGCCGUGAGUCACCCGAGAAGAGGCAGCGCGUACCUUCUGCUUAUAAUCAGUUCAUAAAGGAAGAGAUCCAGAGGAUUAAGGCUAAUAAUCCUGAUAUCAGUCACAGAGAAGCAUUCAGUACUGCAGCAAAGAACUGGGCACAUUUUCCUCAUAUUCAUUUUGGGCUAAUGCUGGAGAGCAACAAUCAAGCUAAUAAGAUGGAUAAUGCCUCUGAGAAGCAUUUGAUGUCAAGGGCUGCACCUGCACUGUUGAAUAAAUGAAUCUACAUAUAUAAUAUAAGGCUAUGAUCUUCAAUAUAUUAUUUAUGAUGGAGGGUGAUGAAGGAUUUCAGUUUCAUGUGGUCCUGACUUAUUAUGAUACUUAAGGACAAUAUUAUAUUUAAUUAACUCGUUGUUGUUUUCUUCUUCUUGUUAGUAGUGUAUGUACUAUUUACUCCACUUGUUCAAGAUGAUUUUACUUAAUUUCAAGUUUGAAUGCUAUUUAA